AUUGUUAUUGUGUGAUUUCACGUUUUCUUGUACAUUUCACUUGGAACACUUGUUGCGUGCGAAAGGGGUUUUAGAUUCAAAACAUUCCUGCCUUCUGCUGGCAAAUUACAUCAUCCUCAGGCGGCGAAAAUGUCUCAGCAUCGAAGAUGUCUUGGUUCCGGAUGGAUGAUCAUGUUGGUCACCCUGGGACUGGCAUUUUCACCCACUCACGGAUGGAUGGCCCACUUUCGUCCGGCUUCCUUGAAACUGCAUAUGGAAAGCGGUGAUCGGGUGCAGCUUACCUUAGAGAACCUGGCUCUAUCCACGCUGCAGCAACCGGAACGAUACCACUUCCGCUUGGAGAGUGUGGACACGAAUUUGGCCAGCGUUCCCGAGGAGAACGGCACCAUUCCGCUGAACGAUUUCAACACGGAGACACGCGACUGGACGGGCCACAUUCAGGUUGAUGCCCACUUCCUAGGCCAAACGAAGAUCGAAGUGAGGUUGUACGACACCCAGUUGAACUCCAGUGAGUUGCCCACCAAUUGGAGCAACGAUAGCUCGUUGGAUGUAAAGAUCUUGCGCCCAAAUCGCGUCCUGGAUCAUGUCUUUCUGGGCUCCAUUAUACUGCUGAUGUCGCUCCUGUACAUCAACUUUGGAGCUGCAUUGAAUCUGGAUGUGCUGAGGGGUCUGAUUACCAGGCCCAUUGGUCCCUGCAUCGGAUUCGUGAUGCAGGUGGUGGGUAUGCCCCUGCUGAGCUACGCCCUCGGUGUCUUCAUAUUUCCCCAGGCACCGGCCAUGCAGCUGGGUCUCUUCUUCACCGGCAUUUCGCCCAGCGGAGGAGCAUCGAACACGUGGACCGCCGUGCUGGGCGGGAAUAUCCAUCUCUCCGUGCUGAUGACCACUGUUUGUAAUGUUGCCGCCUUCGCGACGAUGCCUCUGUGGGUUUUUACACUCGGGCAGCUGAUCUUCGAGCGAGCGGGCAUCCAGGUGCCCUACGAAAAGAUAGCCACCUACUGCGGCUGCCUGAUUGUUCCGCUGCUGGUGGGGCUGCUCAUCCAGAAGCGACUGCCGCGACUAACUAGGAUCCUGGUCCGCCUGCUAAAGCCCAUCUCUGGCUGCCUUAUCCUGUUUAUCGUCGUCUUCGCCAUCAUCACCAACUACUAUCUGUUCUACUUGUUCUCCUGGCAGAUCGCUGUGGCUGGAAUGGCUUUGCCAGGUCUGGGCUACACAUUCGCCUGGCUGGCGGCCAAGUUGCUCCAUCAAAAUGCCGCCGACGCUCUGACCAUCGCCAUUGAGACAGGCAUCCAGAACACGGGCAUCGCGAUCUUCCUGCUCACAACCACGCUGGAAUCGCCGGAGGCGGACCUCACCACGGUGGUGCCAGUGUCGGUGGCCGUGAUGACACCGUUCCCCCUGCUGGGGAUCUAUCUCUACAAACGAUGCUGUGCACCAAAAACGACCGAAGCCACCGCUUCCGAGGCAGAGCGGAUUUUUUGAGCCUUCAGAUGCUAAUCUUUAUAGCUGUUGCGUUAGCUUCACUGUUAAAGUAUUUGUACAUAUUGGUUUUUGAUAACUUAUACAUCGUGUAGCAUAUAGACAAGGCUGAGAUGCAGUCAAGCUGUGUUUGGGGACCAACGAAUGCAAUAAAUCUCAAGUGUCUUACGUUCCAGAAUUUCCUACACCUAAGUCGCUCCCACAUAUUUUGUAUUGAUUAUUUUACAAUAAAGUGAUAUUUAUAACUUUAUCCAAAUGAA